UUUAAUGGGUAAUAUUGCUGACUGAGGAGAAUUUGAGGUAGGAUGAAACAUUUCUGUGCAGGGAUUGGGGAGGAAGCACUCAUUUAGAAACAUAGCAAUGACUUAGGUUUUUCCAAUCAAGCCUAGAGCCAAAUUUGGCUUUGGAAGCAUGUGGUGCUCAGUGGCUAUGCCACAGGGAAGUCCCCUGAAAAGGGUCCAUCAGCUUUUGCUCAGUACAGGGAGAACAUUAGCAAGGAGGCAAAGUCUGUUAUCCAUGACAUCAGCCGUCCCUUCGUGGACAUUCUAUUGUCUCCUAGAGAGACCUUGGAAUCCCUGUGAUGUCACCAGUAUCGUUGUGACAACCAAUUCCCUACUUUUUCUCUUAGUGUCCAAAGGAUAUAUCCACAGGCAUGUUUGCCCGUCUUCUCAGGCGCUUUGGGAGAGUUGAUGUUGAUAGAGAAGAGUCUAGAGUGAAGCAAACGAAACCUAAAGCAGCCUGCAGACAGACGUCAUCCCCUGAAAAUGUCCUAAACAAGGUGCAGGCCAACGAGGAAGAGGAGAGGCUGAAUAGAGAACUGGAGCUAACUACCAAGGAGAGAAAUGAGCUGACAGAUCGCCUCCUUUAUGUGACAGGUGGAUCCAUGAGCAAGAGGUAUGCAUUGCUCCAAACAAACGAACUUGUUCUAAACCUCAUCUCCCAUAGAGAGGAGAUUCAGAACCUGACCCUUACUGAGGAGUGAGAUUGAAAAUGGACUCUCUGAUUCUGCCUGUUGAAAAUCUGAACUUGCAAUCUGAGUGAAGAUUUCAGGGAUAAAGUCACUGGAGCAUGAGUUCCCAGUGUACAAUUGGAAAGCCCUUGACAGGUGGUAGUUUUGCAAGGUUCUAGGUGCUGUGAGUUUGUGGAGAGUGUUUGUACUUGCUAGGAAGGUGACUGAACGCUAUCAUCUCCUGGCAGCAGCCUUAGGUGACAGGACCCACAGUGUUCAUAUCAAUGCUUAAGUAGAAGGCCUGAGGCUCUGGCCUGCUCCUUCUUGUCUCUGUGCCUUACACUCUGAGACAGUAAUGGUGCAUGCAUUUCUACUGAUUCUCAUUGUGCUCUUUCCAUAUUUGUCUCUCUUUCUCAUUCUCUGAGUCUGUUUACUUUUCUUUUCUUUUUCUUUUUUUUUUUUUUUGGUUCUUUUUUUCGGAGCUGGAGAACUUACUUUUUUUUUCUUGUGGGUGUGCCCCAGUUUGUGUGUCUGUGUGUGCACAGGUCUGCAUGCAUAUGCACAACCUUUAUAUGUUUCUCUAUCCCUCCACCUUUGGAAUUUAGGGGUCUGUUUUUUGACCUCAGGAUUUACCUUUAUAAUAGUUUCAUGGAGGUGUAAGUGCUUUAUUUUGGAAGCCCCACUUUCAACAGCACAGUUCUUUGCCUGUGUAGUCACAUUUGUCUAUACAUUUGUAUGCCUUGGGCAGAUUAUAAGUUUGUGGCAAUAUCUGGUCUCAUCUCCAGAAUUAUGUGUACUGUCUGCCUCUAGAAUAUUAGUUAUUCGGCUUGUAGCAUUCCACUUGUCAAAACAGGAAAAAUGAAAUCAGAGGUUUCUGGGUGUGUGUGUGUGUGUGUGUGUGUGUGUGUGUGUGUGUGUGUGUGUGUUUGGGUAAGCUCUGUGGCCUAGGCUCUUGACAGCAUAACAGGUUUGAAUGCAGAUCCAGCCCUCCUGAUUGAAAAAUGUGAGCCAGGGGACCCUUUAUCUGGGUGCUUAGCUUCUGUUGUCCUGGGCACACAAUUCCAAGUUUCUGAAGCUGAAGAAGAUCCAAAUAUGUAGAAUUCAGAAAGUGUCCUUCCAGGGCUGGGGUAGUACAGGACACAGCCUGAGUUCCUCUAAUCCUAAACCUCGAUGUUCAUUGGGUUCUAUCUUCCUGGGGCCAGCCCCUACUUCAGGCCAAAUCCAUUUUAUGAAAACUUGAAGAUAAAGGAGAAAGAGGUCAUGUCAUUACUGCACAACUUAGACACAAAGAACAUUGAACAUCGUGAGAAAUUUCAGGAGCUCAAGAAGGAGAUUAACUUCUAUCGCAACCUGCACAGCCGGCUCCUGAUGGAACAGGCAUGUAUGAAGAAGAAGUUGGUCACAUUGAAGCAGGAGAGCAAGGAGUUACAGCGAUAUUUGUUUGAGUUGAACCCGAAUGCUGAAGACGAACAGGAGAAGACCAGCAACCUCCAGACCCAGCAAAAUGUGGUAGGAAAAAGCAGCUGAGUCAGAUUAACAAUGUCUGAUACCAUUUGCCUAUUGGAUACAUCUUUGCUUCCCCUAUCAUCUUUCUAAUCUCCCCACACCCAAUCAGUCACCCACCUCAUGUGAUAGAGUUAUUCAUGGCUCUGUCUAUGCACAAGUAUUCUGGGAUGUUAACCACUCUCCAGAAACUGAAUUAUUGGCAAUUAUACUUCUCUGCCCUUUUUGAAACUGCAGUCCAGAAAUGGUGACAGAGGAAUAACAUAUCACAUGACUGCAUCUCCCUGUCAUAGAUUGGAUGCUAUGAAGAGUUUUGAACGAGUUCUUGGUCGUGUGACAAAGGUCAUACAGGGGUCAUGUGAUGGUUGGAAGCACCUUGUAGGGAUAAGAACCAAGUGCAAAUGGCAAAUGAGUCCUGGUCAUUGGCUUUGAUCUCAGUAUCAUGUGGCCUUCUCCUUUCUUCCUGCAACCCAGUUAGGUCUCUUCUCCUUUCCCCGUUCUUGGUUUUCACUGGUAGAAGUUUGAGGAGCAGCUUGUUCUCCCACAGUACUGUGAGGGUUGUUGGUGACUUUCCCCAGGCUGCAGAGAUAUCAGCAAUGAUUUCAGUGAAAAGAUCAGUGCUGUCUCUGCAAUGCAGCUGAAGGGACAGAAGGCAGCAACUUGACAGCUGGUAUGCGUGUCCCCACCAAAUCAGUGUCUUAAUAGCUGCCUUCUCCUCCCAGGUCUCAGGAACUGCAGGAGACAUGGAAUAGGACAGAUCCCAGGAAGACAGCCCCCUGAAGAGUGAGUUUCUCUGUCAGGAGUUCCCUGCUGACGACAAUCCUCAACAGUCAAAGACUUUUUUGGGGAGAAUAUUCUUCUUCUCAGUUAAUUUCCUCAUUGUAUAGAGACCCUAAAUUUAUGUAUCCGUAUGCCAGCCUGUCUCAUUGAGGUCUUUCUCCUCUCUCAUACCGACAACACCAUUUGAGAGACAUCUGAGGGGACUGCCUUGAAAUCUCGUGUCCUAGAGGAGAAACAGCACUACAACUGUGUUUCUAAAUGUUCAUUAAGAAAAUGCUGUUAAGAAAUAUUUUUGGUUAUGAUUUUCAUUGAAGUUUUCUUUUUGUUAUAUCAUAGUUAUAUAUUCUUGUUACUGUUUUUCAUUUUUUAUACCAUUUUAGUUGUUCAUUUUAUGCCUGU